UCUGUUUUCCCCUACAGUGAUCUCAGUAUGAACAACAUUACUAAGCUGCCCUCAAACCCCGUGCACAAUCUCCGCUUCCUGGAAGAGCUACGUCUUGCAGGAAAUGGCUUGACAUACAUUCCUAAGGGAGCAUUUGCUGGCCUUUUCAGUCUUAAAGUGCUGAUGCUGCAAAAUAACCAGCUACGCCAGGUUCCUACUGAAGCACUCCAGAACUUGCGCAGCCUGCAGUCUCUACGUCUGGAUGCCAACCACAUCAACUAUGUGCCCCCCAACUGCUUCAAUGGCUUGGUGUCCCUUAGACACCUGUGGCUAGACGAUAAUUCUUUGACAGAAAUUCCCGUCGAAGCUUUUAGAAGUUUACCAGCACUUCAGGCGAUGACAUUGGCCCUGAAUAAAAUUCAUUACAUACCAGACUAUGCUUUUGGAAACCUUUCUAGUUUGGUAGUUCUACAUCUCCAUAACAAUAGAAUCUACUCCCUGGGAAAGAAAUGCUUUGAUGGGCUCCACAGCCUAGAGACUUUAGAUUUAAAUUACAACAGUCUGGACGAGUUCCCCACUGCCAUCAGGACACUAACAAACCUAAAAGAACUGGGGUUUCAUAGCAAUAACAUCAAGUCAAUACCUGAGCGUGCAUUUGUGGGUAAUCCAUCACUUAUUACAAUACAUUUUUAUGAUAACCCUAUCCAGCUUGUUGGAAAAUCUGCUUUUCAGCACUUACCAGAACUCAGAACUCUGACUUUAAAUGGUGCUUCACAGAUAACAGAGUUUCCUGAUCUGACAGGGACUACAAGUCUGGAGAGUUUGACACUUACAGGAGCACAGAUAACCUCUCUCCCCAAAUCAGCUUGUGACCAGUUACCUAAUCUCCAAGUGCUGGAUCUGUCUUAUAAUCUGCUGGAAGAUUUACCCUGUUUUACUGCAUGUAAGAAACUCCAAAAAAUUGACUUGCAUCACAAUGAAAUCGGUGAAAUCAAAGCAGACACAUUUCGGCAGCUGGCUGCUCUUCGAUCUCUGGAUUUAGCUUGGAACAAAAUUAAAAUUAUUCACCCCAAUGCCUUCUCCUCUUUACCAUCUCUGAUCAAACUGGAUGUGUCAUCCAACCUUUUGUCUUCUUUUCCUGUGACGGGGCUACAUGGUUUAACUCAUUUAAAAUUAACAGGAAAUCAUGCCCUACAAAGUUUGAUAUCAUCUGAAAAUUUUCCAGAGCUCAAGGUCAUGGAAAUGCCUUAUGCUUAUCAGUGCUGUGCCUUUGGAGCUUGUGAGAGCCACUACAAAAUCUCCAGCCAAUGGAACAAAGAUGAGAAUAGCAGCAUUGAUGAUUUUCACAGGAAGGAUGCUGGGUUGUUACAGAUUCAAGAUGAGCGUGAAUUUGAAGAUUUUUUCCUUGACUUUGAAGAAGAUUUGAAAGCUCAUCAUUCAGUGCAAUGCUCACCUUCUCCAGGUAUGAAACUGCCAGACUGA